GUCGUUAAGAAGAGAAGAGUGGCUCUUUUGCUAUUGACUGAUCUAUCUUGAGGCUCUUCUAUACAAGAAUGUCCUCGAGAUUCAGAGACAGGGCGGAGGAUUUCCAAUGGCUGUGCGAAUAUACUUUGUUCAGGUUUUCUAGAUCACACAUUCUUACGGUUUGCGUUGUGUGAGGCAGUCUAAAGUGGCGUCGACAAUCAUACAUAAGCCAAAGGAGACAUCUCCUUUCUUUCACUAGACUUGUUUUCAAAACGGUAAUUACUUUUGUUGAUUCAGCAUUUUUAAGAAACAUGUUUGAUUAGAUUUAGCAUCAAGGAGCUGGAUCAGUUUAUGAUGAAGCAUCGUAAGGAUUAUGUUGAUCUGCACCGGACCACUGAACAUGAAAAGGAUAGCAUUGAACAUGAAAUUACUGCUUUUAUUAAAGCUUGCAAAGAACAGAUCGAUAUUCUCAAGAACAGCAUUAGAAAUGAAGAAUCAAACUCCAAAGGAUGGCUUGGACUCGCAGCAGCAGCGGAGGAUAACUUCAAUGCUGAUACUAUAGCACACAACACAUGGAGACGUAAUGUGUGCGUUUUGAUUCUGAGCGAGAAGCUUCAUUCAGUCGCUGCACAGUUUGAUCAGCUUAGAGCUACUCGUUUCCAAGAUAUAAUCAACUGAGCUAUGCCGAGAAGAAAACCUAAAAAGGUCCCAAAAGAAGCUAGUGCAGUUCAUACAACUCUGACCAAUCCGGAGCCCAUAGAACCGGAUGAAAUUCAAGCCCCAGCCUGGUAG